UUACCAUGGACGCCGUCAACGGUGGCGGCCAGUCCGUUCUCUCCAACGUCGACUCCAUCGUCGACACCGGAACUACUCUCGUUGUUGGUGACACCGAGAGCGUCGCUCAGCUCUACGAAGCAAUUGGUGGUCAAGAUGCCUCGAACACUGUCGGCGAAGGCUAUUACACUUUCCCUUGCAACGAUGUCCCUAGCGUCAGUCUGACCUUCGGUGGCAAGUCUUUCCCCAUCUCUUCCAGCACUUUCAACCUCGGUCAAGUUUCCUCUGGCUCUUCCGACUGUGUUGGUGGUAUCGUCGGUUCCUCUGGCGAAUCCUUCUGGAUUGUUGGCGAUGUUUUCCUCGCCAACGUCUACACCGUUUUCGACUUGGCUAAGAACCGUGUUGGUUUCGCUGAUCUCGCAUAAGUAACAACAUAAGUUACAACUGCGAGGUGAAGAGGGUCAAGUGGUGCGAGCAUUGUACAAAAGCAUGGUGACUUAUGUAU